AUGUCUUCGGGCCGUCACGCUGGACCCAGAUCUACAUGCCUAGUCCUCGCCCUUCUCCAAGAUGCCUCUAGUGGCCGUCGACUCCAAGGCAGACAGAGCCCACCUGACGUCUUAGUUAUGCUAAUCGCCGAGGAUCAAUUCGAGCCGGAGAUCGACAAAGGAUACAGGCCCGGGAAAAGCUGCUUCUUUUGCUCCACUGCUUCCAAAGUUCCGUACCAAGGAUGA